UACUGGAGGCGCUUUGGAAAUAUUUUAGAGAAAAAGAAAUUCGAAAUAAAAAAAGAGCGAAAGAUGCAAUCGGGAAGAAACGCGGCGGAGGCGGUGAAGGAAUCGGCCGCCAACGUGGGAGCCUCUGCCAAAGCUGGCAUGGAAAAAACCAAAGCCACUGCUCAAGAAAAGGUGGACAAAAUGAGGGCCCACGAUCCAUACGAGAAAGAAAUGGUGAGAGAAAAGAAAGAUGAGAGGAUUCAGGAGGCUGACCUGGACAAGCAGCAGGCGCGUUUUGAACACGCAGCAGAGAGGCAGGCCGGUACUGGACCCGGGACCCGUACCGGUUUGGGAACGGGGACAGGAACCGGAACCAACACCUACGACCCGACCGUGGGGGGCCGAUAAGGCGCGUGGCCAGUUAUCUGAUGUGGUCACCGGUUUAUAUGAACGUGGCUUUGCUUGCUUUGUUUUGCUUUUUAUUUUUUUUUUUAGUAGAAUUUUAAUAAUCGAUAUAGUUGUUGAUUAUGGAAUGUUGUGCUAUGUAUUUUAUGAAAUAAAAUUACAGUUGAAGUAUAGUUACUUGUUUUUAAUA